AUGUACCUGCGACUGUCAGAUAGAGUUGCAGGUGAAGAGGGUGGCGCCGAUGAACCACAACAGCAACAGGAAGAACCAGCUAACCCUCAGGAGCAAGUGCCGGCAUAUGAGCACCACUAUCAGGUCCCGGCAUAUGAGCACCAAGUUCAGAUGCCGGCAUAUGCCCAGCAGUUUCAGGAUCCGUUUCAGGGUCCGGCAUAUGCCCAGCAGUUUCAGGAUCCGGCAUAUGCCCAGCAGUGGCCGGCAUAUCAGCAGCAGGCAGCAUAUAUACCAGAACCACAGCCGCCUCAGGCACCUGAGCCCUACAUACCACAGUUGGUGAUUCCAGCCGAGGGUCACUUUAGUCCGUUGGGUGGAUCUGACACCAUCAGCUUCUCUCAGGUCCUAAGAGAUACAUAUUUUCUAUCCCCGCCGCCACCGCAGGAAGGGCCUGCUACAUCUCAGCAUUCUGGUGGUCGUCGCGCCACUUCAGGUCAUGCUAGUGACUUCGACUUUGAUGAUCCGACCGGUGAUGUAGAUCUGCCCGGUCCUUCCGCACCACCACGUGGCCAGUUGUUUGAUUUGAAUGAGUACCCGGAGCGGGAAGAGGAAGACUUGGGAUACGACUUGCAGCACUGGUAUGAUCUUGGUGGAGCGAGUGCUCCGGGGAUGAGUGGCUCCGGUUUGUAUGACACUGGUGGUGCGAGCUUGACAGAUUUCGGUGGUCCUGACGUUGGUAGUGGGCUUGACGCCGGUGUGCCUCAGGGUCAUCCGUAUAACUUACGGACACAGACUACGCCUCCAGACAAAUACACCCCAUCCUUGUAUGCGAAGAAGGCGCUGAGGAAGUAG